ACUUGCAGCGGAGUGAUACACAGGUAUGAUUCUCCAUACCAGCACUCAUUGAACAGUUACUGUCAAACCAGAUUACCUAGUCGACAGACUCUGUGGUUAUCCUUCCACCAUGCGAGUACUGUCGGGGAAAAGAAGAGGAUGAGUUAUGGACGAUGAAUUAGACCUCAUCUCUACAGGUACAUCGUAGGUGGGCAUGGCGGGUGGGCUGGAUCCUUUCUCUCCUCCUCCACGGCGCAGAAGUCAGCGGCAGACGAGCUCUGGUUCGGACGCGGCGUUGACGGGAGCCGGCGAGGACCGCUUUCUGGGAGAAUAACGAGUCCGGGGUUAUUGAUAAUAGCACAUGGUGUCCCAACAUGCACCCUCUUAUCCAUCUGUCCUUGCUCUUCACGCUGCUGCUUCUUCAAGUUCAGCCGGGCACCUCUGUGCAGGAGAUCCAAACCAGCCAUGAAAACAUUCUAAAAAUUAACUCAGCAGGAGAAAUGAUGCAGUGUUCAGCAGCCAUGGACAUCCUCUUCCUCAUGGAUGGCUCUUACAGUGUGGGGAAAGGCAGCUUUGAAAGGUCCAAACACUACGCAAUCAAACUCAGUCAAGCGCUAGACAUCAGUCCUGACAAGGUACGGGUCGGUCUAAUCCAAUUUGGUUCCACUCCCCGGCUGGAGUUCGCCCUGGACUCUUAUACGACCAAACAAGAGCUGAAGAAGCACAUGAAAAAGGUUUCCUACAGGGGAGGCAGCACCCAGACCAGCCUUGCUCUAAAGUACAUCCUGAGGAAAGGUUUCCCAGGUGGUCGUAACUCCUCCACAGCAGCUCAGAUAGCCAUCCUCUUAUCGGACGGGAAGUCUCAGGGGAACGCUGUGCAGGCGGCUGCUCAGCUCAAAGAGACGGGUGUGGUCCUGUUUGCUGUGGGCCUCCGCUACCCCAGGUGGGAGGAGCUUCAUGCUAUGGCCAGUGAGCCGAUAGAGAGUCACGUCUUCUUUGCCGAGCAUUUCUACGAUGCUGUUAAUGGCCUGUACACGACGCUGUCCACCUUCUCUGUCUGCAAUGCCACACCUGCAGGUUGUCACGUUGAAGUGUUUCCCUGUGAGAGGAAGACGCUGGAGACAGUAAAAGAGCUGCUGGGGAAUUUCAUGUGUUGGAAAGGUGCCAAAGGUUAUUCCCUGUACACAUCGCUCUGUCCACACUACAGGUACAACAAAGUGUACAAGAGACAUCAGACAGUCUGCCAUCGUACAGUCUGUCCAGAUCCCUGUGACUCUCAGCCUUGUCUCAACGGUGGAACGUGUGUGUCAGAAGGACCAGAGGAUUACCGCUGUGCAUGUCCACCAGGCUACGGAGGAGAUCCUCACUGUGCUCCUGCCCUUUCUCUGGACUGCUCAAUCGACUUGCUCUUCCUGGUGGAAGGAUCUACCACACUCACCUUAGAAGGCUUCCUCCGCCUCAAGUCCUUCUUGAAGCGCUUCCUGCAGACUGUGAUUGGCUCAGACAGUCCCAGUAAAGUUGGCUUGGCUGUAUUUGGAGGAGAAACCAGAGUUGAGGCCCCUGUGGGACAGUUUAAAGGCAACCUUAAAGCAAUGCUGAAGGCUGUGGAGGCGCUCCAGCCAAUCGGAGGAGAGACCCUGACGGGCCAGGCUCUCCGCUACGUUACACGCCACGGCUUUGUGAGUGCGCCGGUGUUUGCUGAUGUCACAGAUGAUCUGCCCCGUGUGGUGGUGCUGCUAACUGCCACUCCCUCUGCUGAUGAUGUGGUGGAGCCUUCAAAAUACGCUCGGGACAGAGAGAUCUUCCUCAUCGGGAUGGGGCCUGACUUCUUAAAGGGACAGCUCAAUAAUGUGACAGGAAACCCUCAGAGGACCAUCACCUACUCGUCUCCUGAGCUGAGCGCCAAAAUCCCAGAACUGAAGGCAAAGAUCUGCAGCGUGGACACACAAGGUUGUCUGGGACAAGCAGUGGACCUUGUCUUUGCUCUGGAUGCCUCCGGUGGCGUCGGCCAUGACAACUUCAUCACCCUCCGCGACUUUGUGCGCAGCCUCACCGUCCAGUUCGACAUUAACCGUGACGUGGCCCAAGUGGCUCUCGUUACUUACGGCCGCAGAGCUACCACCGUCUUCAACCUGGACACCCAUGACAGCGGCUCGUCCAUCCUCAAGGCUGCCGUUGAAGCGAACUACAUGGGUGGGGUGGCCUCAACCGGUUCAGCGUUGCUUCACAUCCACUCCAAUGUCCUGACAGUGGCUAAAGGCGCCCGGCCUGGAGUUAACAAGGCUGUGGUGGUGUUGACAGAUGGCUCAGGAGGGGAUGAUGCUGUUGUUCCUGCUCAGAAAAUCAGAGAUAACGGAGUCUCUCUGUUUGUGAUCGGGAUUGGAGACAUACAGAAAGAAAGACUGCUGCAGAUUGCUGGCUCAGAGGACCACAUGAUCUCUGUGCCAUCUUACGAGGAUCUGAAGUAUUUUGAGGAUGUGCUGGUGCAGAUGGUGUGUUCAGAGGUGAAAAAGCCGGUAAACCUCUGCAGGCCCAACCCGUGUAUGAAUGACGGGACAUGCAUCCUGACUGGAGGAAGCUUCCGCUGUCAGUGCCAAGGCUUCGAAGGACCACACUGUGAAACAAGAAGCAGCAGACCUUCUUCCAGAGGAGAUCGCCCGAGGCCAGCUGGUCUGAGGAAGAAGAGCCGCCAGAAGAAGAGUCACCAGGAGCUGCUUCAUCGUUACAAACUGCACCGCAGGAGACACAAUGCCUGAUGGGCAAGACAGAGAAGCCUACUAUCUAUUUCAUUGUUUAUUGGACAUUUAAAUCUAAGGAUGUAUGCGGGUAUACACUGGAGUAAAGGGAAAUUACUGUUAAAUAUAUUUAAACUUGCACUCACUAUCAACAAGUGCCUUAAAUUGAUUAUUUUAUACUUCAAUGUUUGUUUGUGUCCUUCUUGUUGAAUUUGUCAGCCAUCAUUGUGCUCAUGUGAUUUUCUCAACAUGAUUCUGUUGUCAGAUGUAAACUUUCAUAUCAAAUAAGUGUUUAUCUUUGUCAAGGUGUUAUUUUAUUGUUUGGUCACUACAAACCUCAUUCUUGCUUUAUAUUAGGGGUAAAUGCAGAUAGUUGUUAUUAUUAAUAUCCCUUUAACAAUAUAAAGGAGCCAUAAGUGUUAGAAAUUUCAAUUUCAUAUUUACAACAAGUGAUAGCUUACAAGUUUUUCAUUCAAAAAGACCAGACUACUUUAUUACUUAUUACUAAAGGUGAGUAUGGUUACUUCCUGUAUAACAUCUAGCUAAUCAGAUAAGGAUGUGGGCGGGACAUUAGGGAGACUGUAGAGAGUGAAAACAAGAGGGGAAGGUAAAACUCACAGUAGCUUUUUUUGAAAGUUGAUUGUAGUGAUGAUUGUUAACAAUCACACAGACAGAUCAACAACAGAUAGCCAAAUGCUGAGUAUCAGCCCCAUUGACCCCUACUUAAAUCAAGCUAUCUAUUAUACAUUUUUCUACAUGUUUUCUGUUUCUGUUAAACAUUCCUUUAUGACUUUAUAAAUAUGUGUAGAUAUGUUUAAUGUUACCAGUAAAAAGAAAUAAUACAGACUUUUUUAAAAAUA